CGUCAGGCCGUCGGCUGGAGGCGUUUCAGUCGUCUCACGUUGGACUGACUGAACAGAUCCCAGGUCAGAUGGAUGCAGCCGUCUUUACCUUUUCCAGCUGUGUGUGCAGCGUCUGUUUUUUAACGAGAGUCUGGGACGUUUGCAGCUGUGUUUGUGGUGAGCAAACUGCAAGUUUUUUACCAAGGCUUUUGGAUAUUUCCAGCUGUGAUUGUCACAAUGAAACCAGGUUCUUUCGGGGCGAGUACACGGUGGAGGUGGCGAUCAACGACUACCUGGACAUCUACUGUCCGCACUACGAGUGGGCGGAGGCGGCUGAGCGCAUGGAGCACUACGUGUUGUACAUGGUGAACUACGACGGCUACACCACCUGCGACCACCACAGGAAGGGCUUCAAACGCUGGGAGUGUAACCGACCACAGAGCCCCAACGGACCGCUCAAGUUCUCCGAGAAGUUCCAGCUGUUCACGCCCUUCAGCCUGGGCUUUGAGUUCAGGCCGGGACACGAGUACUACUACAUCUCGUCUCCACAUCCAAACCUGGCUGGGAAACCCUGUCUGAAACUCAAAAUCUACGUCAAACCAACCAAUGACUCGGUCUACGAGUCUCCGGAGCCCUUCCUGACAGACGACACCACCGGUGGCUGCAACAUCGCUCUGCCCCGCCUCUCCCUGCUGUCAGCCAUGUUGCUCGCCCUCCUCCUCAUGCUCAUCCUCGCCUCCUCAUAGCACCUCCUGCUCCUCUUCUUCUUCCUCCAGUUGGACCGAUCGCCGUCUUCCCGUCACUCUGAGGAGAAAACCUGAGACAGGAAACAAAUCCAGACCUCCUCUCCCUGACCUCUGACCUUCACCUGAACGCCACUCAGCAGUGCAGCCAAUCAGAGGCGGCUGAGGUCACUGGUGGGAGGAGCCUGGAGCUGCAUACUGAGUCACUGCUGGAAUCAUCUUUGCUCUCUGAUGGAUGUUUCUGCUUCGACAGAGUCCAGACUCCCACGUUAAAUUUAACACUUCCCAACCUGACAUACAGACAUACGUGUUUAUGUAUGUUUGGUUGUUUUACAGUUUUACAGUAUAUUUAUCCAACUUCUGCCUCUUAAGUUCUUGACACUUGUUAGAUGUUUUUUUUAUUCUGCCGCCAAAUUGAAACCUGAGUUUCAGUUCAGAUGCCAAAACUUUACUUUGAGUAAAAGUACUUUGAGUCUAAAUACAUUUUUCUACAUAACCCUUUUUUGUUUUUCUAAAAAAAGCCAAACUUAAAGGACCACACCAGCAGUUCAACAUGUUUUAGGUGUUAACUAUGAUUCUACAAACCCUCAAAAUUCACAAGAAGUUCUAUCGUGCAGAUUCAAUCACAAAGUGUCGUCCUUUGGGACACCCAAAAACUAUAAUAACCAGUGCAGGCGAGGUUGUCAUCUCAUAUCAUAUCUGUAACACUGCAUAAUGAUCAUGAUCCAUGAUAUUUUCUGAAUCUUACAAAAGCUUUUGGACAAGUUAAGAGAUGACGCUCUCACUGUCGAAGCCCCUAAACAUGAUGUUUCUUUAAUCUUGUGCCAGAACUUGACUCUGAGGCUGCUGUCAGCCCUAGAGUGGUCUCCUCUGGUCUGAAUCAGGGACUCAUGUUGUUCCAAAGUUGUAUAAUUGCCUAGAGUUGGUUGGUGUUCUCACGGCAGCAUUUACAAGAGGACCAGAUCAAAUGCCUUGUGUGAGAAAGCUGCUCUUGAUUGGUCAGAAUUUCCAUGUGGGAAAAAUCCAGGAAGUAAAGCAAACGUUGAAGAAGAGUACACUUGCAAGAUAAAUGUGACACUUUCUAAUGUCACAAUGGAGGGACAACUACGCAGGUUGAUUUUAGCGCUGCUCAUCGUGGACUAUAUUGCUGUCAUUGUUCAUUUUAGUCAAAGCAUACAGUUUGAAAACGAGGCAAACGCGGCUCCAACUAGAAAACAAUGUUUUGAUGCAUUGGAUGUGCUGGAUGUGCAUAUUAAGGCAGUACAGGAGGAGGUGCACUGAGGGAGCAAACCAACUGGAGUUCGAUUGAACUGAACCAAACGCGGCAGGUGUAAACGCACCCUAAACCUACAAAACUUUAAGAACUUCAAGGUCUCCAAACAAGACACUUUAUGUCCCAACUCAACCUUCAGGUGUAUUUUGGAGAUUUAAAUGUACUUCUUCAGCUGUUCCAGGCAGCGGCUGGUUUCAUGUCAGAGCAGAAUCACAAUCUUUUAACAGAGGAGCGUUGUUGGAGUUUAUUCCAUCACUGUAAACAUGAUAGAAUAAACAUUCAGUCUGCAUUCAUUUAAUCUGACACUACUGAUCUGAGGUAUUUAACCUGUGUUAUGCAACAAUAAUGAUAAAAAGCCAGAAUUGAUGUUCUCUGUGAUGUCUUUUACAAUAUGAGCAACAGUUUGCUGGUAAUUUUUUAUAUUGUACAGUAUGUAAAUUAACGGAAAUCAAUGGCUGCCUGGAGAGAAAAAUACAUCAAAAACUGGGGAAAAAAACUUUAAAAUAAAUAUGGAAACCCUGAAGUCCCAAAAAGCAUGCUUUUAAAAUAAAAUUAAAUACCUUAUUUCCUCAAAUAAAAGUCUGAUCUCUAAUAAUGGCUGGAGAAAUAAAACAAACAACAAGGAUAAACUUGUGGUACCUGUUAUAUAAUCACACGUACAUCUCAAUACUUUAAUAAAUCAAUGAAUAACGUCAUGUUAUUUAUGCACUUUGGAGACCUCCUCUAAAACAUGUUAAUUUUCCAGCCAAACUGGAUUUUGUAGUAACGUAUACAUGUGCCACAAGACAGCCGUAGCUACUUCUGAUUUAUCGUAUAGGAACUGAGCAAAUAUUUCACAAUAAAAGCCUUGAUAGGAAAUUAAGGUAUUCUGUCCACUGAAAGGCUUUAAAUUUGGAAUACAUACAGGAAGUGUUGAAUUUGUUUACAGCAAAAUGCUGAAAAAAUAGCAGAUCAGAAAAGGAGGCUUCAAAAUAAAAUAUGACCAAAUAUUUUUAUCAAACACUGUGAAUUAGAAAUGAAUCUGAUAUCCUCUGCAGCUGAGCUAAAUAAUGAACAGAAUAAUAUUUACAGUAUAUUCUUUUAAAUAUCCUACACAACAUAUUAUGCUAAUAAUUUGAUCUUGUUUACAAGCUUUAAAAAAUACAUUUUUAGGAUUUUAAAGGGUCCAUAAGUUCAGCUAAAACUUGCAAACACACUGAUGUGGUCUUUCAGUACAACGUCUGACUAAAUAUGGUACACAAUUAACAAAAUUGUUAUUUAAAUCAGGAAAUAUCUGAGAAACCAGAGUAAAUAUCAGAGUAAGCAGUCAGGGAGAUGAGCAGGUACAAACACCACUGACUUAAUGAAUCUUUUUGGUACCAAGUGACGUGAAAAACAAAUUUUAGAAACACAGAUUCGUACCAAAUAUUUACCUGAAACGCAGCGGUCAGUGGAGUCCAGCUUCAAUCGGUUUCUCUGCGGAGAAAUGAAACAUAUCAGGCUGAUUAUCAUCUUUGAUUCUUCAUCACAGCUCUGGACUUCUUCAUCAACAGACAGAAUAUCAUCAUCAUCAGCAGCAGCAGCAGCAGAAACAGACUCUAACAGACUUCAGUCAGAGCAGCGUUCACCAGCUCUCUGUUCUGCUGCAGCUGUUAGUUGUAAACCUGGUUUGUCCCACAACAUCAGUUUUAUCUCUGAGACAUUUUCACUGAUGAUACAGUCACAGAAACUGGACACAGCCGUCAAACACAACGCAGCAGCUCUACUGACAAAACUGCUGCUACGAUACAUCCAACAGAGUCUGACAUCUGAGUGACGACCGCUAAAAAUACUGCUAACUCUGACAUAGCUUCACAGUCACUGGGGACAGGCUAACAACAAGCUAAUGUAGCUUCACAGUUCAAUGCAGCAAGCUAAUGUAGCUUCACAGACCUGCCGGACAAGCUAACCUAGGUUGACAGACUUAAUGGUAAAGCUAAUGCAACUUCACAGACUGACUGGAUGAGCUAACGUAGCUUUACAGACCGAUGGGACGAGCUAGGGACAAGCUAACAUGGCUUUAAAGAUAGACCAGACAAGCUUAUGUAGCUUUACAGACAGUAAAGAAUAGCUACGGACAAGCUACGUAGCUUCACAGACCUACGUAAUGAGCUAACAUAGCUUCACAGAGUGACAAAACAAGUCAAUGACAAGUUAGCAAAUUCUCAGCAAUGUAGCUUAACAAACCUGCAGGGUAAGCUAAUGUAGCUUUACAGUAAAGCAAGGUCAUGUUUUACAAUGCCACAGGACAACCUAACAAUGAUCUAAAAUAACUUCCUAGACCUACAAGGGAAGGUAUUGUGACUUCAUAGACCUACAGUACAAGUUGACGUAGCCCCACAGACCUAGGGGAUGAACUAAUGUAGCUUGAAAGACAGAUGGGACGAGCUAGGGAAAAGCUAAUAUAGCUUUAAAGACUGACCAGACAAGCUCAUGUACCUUCACAGACCUAAUGAUAGAGCUAACAUAGCUUCUCAGACCUGCAGGGUAAGCUAACGUAACUUUACAGUAAAACAAAGUAUUGUAGCUUCACAAUACAAAUGGACAAUUGAAUGAUGACCUUAAAUAACUUCCUAGACCUACAAGGCAAGAUAGCAUAUCGUCAAAGAUCUACGGUACAAGCUAACGUAGCUCCAUAUGCCAAUAGAAUGGGCUAACAUAGUGUCACAGUGCGACAGUACAAACUGAAUUGGGCUUUACAGACCAACGAGACAAGCCAACAACAAGCUAAUACAAUUUCACAAACCUACAGGUUACACAGGGCUUUACGGACUUAGAGCAUGAGCUAACACAGCUUUACGUGCCCAUAAAACAGGCUAACAUAGUUUCACUGAGCAACAGGAUAAGGUAAUGACAAGCUCACAUAACUUCCCAGACCUAUAAGACGAGCCAGUGUAGCUUCACAGACUUAUGGGGCAAGCUAACGUAGCUUCACAGACCUAUAGAACAAAGUAAUGUAGCUUCACUGAGCAACAGGACAGCUUAAGACAAGCUACCAUAACUUUCCACACCUAUAGGAUGCACUAAUGUAGUUUCACAGACCAGUGGGACAAGCUAAUGUAACUUUACAGACCUAUGGGGCAAGUUAGCGUAGCUUCACAGACCUAUAGAAUAAGGAAAUGUAGCUUCACAGACACCCUAACAAUAAGCUAGCAUAACUUUCCAGACCUACAGGAUGAGCUAAUGUAGCCUCACAGACUGGCUGGAAGAGCUAACAACAGGCUAACGAAGCUUCACAUAAAUAGAACAAGGUAAUGUAGCUUCACUGAGCAACAGGACAACCAAAGACAAGCUAACAUAACUUUCCACACCUACAGGAUGCACUAAUGUAGUUUUACAGAGCGGUGGGACAGCUAACGUAGCUUCACAGACCUAUAGAAUACGGAAACGGAGCUUCACGGAGCAACAAGACAACGUAACAAUGAGCUAACAUUACUUUCCAGAUAUACAGGUCGAGCUAACAACAAACCAACAAAACAUAAGGACAAGCUAAGGAUGAGCUAACGUAGCUCCACAGACUGACAGAUUAUCACAAAAAGAAUUACACGCGUAAAUGUUCACCCUGAAAUAGAUUCAUUUUCUAAUAGUUUCUGUCGUUGUGGCUCAUUUCUGUGACCGUAAUCAUCCUCAGUGUUGAAUAAAGAAAUAAAUCAGAUGAGACUGUUGUCUCUCUUUCUCUCAGCAGACGGCCUUUUCUUCUGUAAAUCUGCCAAAGACUAUUAUUAAACUUUUCUAUUAGCGGGAAAAGUCAUACAGCAGCUACAGGGGUCAUCCUGGCCCCGCCCACUUCUGCCAUAGUGGGCGGGGUUAUGUCUAGGGGAGGAGUCAAGUCGAUUCUUUUUUUCUAAAUCGUGUUGUCAAAUAAAAACGAAUGUUAAGUGCAAAACAAAAAUGAAACAAUCAAAAAUGGCCUUUUUCCCACUGGUGCUGAAUUUUUAGUGACUGACUGACUUGUUUU